ACUGCAGGGACACUGGAAGAAGAGAACCUGAUACACCAGAGAAGUCCUGCAUACAGAAGAGAACACAGCCCAUUACACUUGCCUAGAGACUUCGGCUGGCCUCAGUGGAAACAGAAUAAGACCGACGCUGAAAGAGGGAGAAAGUGAGAGACGAUGCGGACUCUCAUCAUCCUCGCGCUCCUGGCCGUGCUCAUGAUGGCAGGCUUUUGCUAUGAGUCCCACGAGAGUGUUGAAUCACAGGAAGUUAUAAGUCCUUUCAUUAACAGAAGGCAUGCCAACGUCUUCAUGAGAACUCCACCUGAGAACAGGAGGAAUCUGUAUUUGCAGGAAAGAGUCAGAGAGCGCAACAAGACCCCCCAGGAACGUCAGCGGGAGAUCUGCGAAGAUUACAACCCCUGUGAGCGUUAUGCUCUACGCAAUGGCUAUGCUAGUGCCUACAGGCGUUUCUUUGGGCACAGAAGGGGCAAGUAAAACGUCUGGAGUUGCCAUUCCCGGUGCCUGGAGCCUGGGUUCCGUAUCUACAAAGAGUGACAUCUCUGAAAUGUAUUGUUGCUUGUUAACUGUAUGUUAUUCCACCUGCUGCUUCAUUCUUCUGUAGCCAAUGAUUCCUAGAUUCUGUGUUUAUUCACACAAUGCUGAUGUAGUGGUGGCUGGGCAGAGAAGGAUGUGGGUGUUUAUUACGAAAUAAACGACUGGUUUGAUACUGUUUGUUCAUAA